AGAAGAGUCCUUUGCGCGAGGACAGCGGAAUCGGUUGCCUUCUUUAACCUGGAGUGAAAAAUGGCGGCGUCAGUGUGCCGAGUCGGGAGCACCGUGGGUCGUGUACUCGCCAAAACCCGCAGUCCCCUCCUGCUGUCUCUGAGGCGUGGCCAAGCCUCAGUCAGCUAUGCCCAAAGCCUACUGGGAGCCCCUGAAACUCGUCUCACUGCCCUGGAUAAUGGCUUGAGGGUCGCAUCGGAAGAGACGGGACAUGCUACGUGCACUGUCGGACUGUGGAUCAGUGCUGGCAGUCGCUAUGAGAGCGAAAAGAACAAUGGGACAGGGUUUUUCCUGGAGCACCUGGCUUUUAAGGGCACCAAGAAGUACCCUCAGACAGCUUUAGAGCAGCAGGUGGAGUCUAUGGGUGCUCACUUGAGUGCUUACACAUCCCGGGAACAUACCGCUUACUACAUGAAGACCUUGGCUAAAGACUUGCCUAAAGCUGUGGAGCUGCUUUCGGAGAUGGUGCAGGGCUGCUCGCUGAGCGAGGAGGAGAUUGAGCAGCAGCGGGGUGUGGUGCUGCGCGAACUGGAAGAAAUGGAAAACAACCAUCAGGAAGUUUGCCUGGACCUGCUGCAUGCAACCGCCUACCAGGGUACUGCACUGGGACACAGUCCACUUGGACCAUCCAACACCGCCAGAACUAUCACCCGCCAGGAUCUAGUGGAAUACGUCAACAGCCAUUACAAGGCUCCCCGCAUGGUUCUGGCUGCAGCUGGAGGUGUGAACCAUGAGGAGCUUGUGGCGUUGGCCCAGACUCACUUCAGUGGACUGUCCUUCGAAUACGAGGGAGAUGCCGUUCCUGUGUUGUCACCCUGCAGAUUUACAGGCAGUGAGAUCCGCUUCCGUGACGAUGGUCUGCCCCUGGCCCACAUCGCCAUCGCCGUGGAGGCCCCCGGCGCUGCUAGCCCGGACAUCGUGCCUCUCAUGGUGGCCAACGCCAUCAUCGGAAGCUAUGACCUCACCUGUGGCGGCGGAAAGAACAUGAGCAGCCGUUUGGCUCGCCUGGCGGCGGAGGAGAACCUGUGUCACAGCUUCCAGACAUUCCUCUCGUCCUACAAUGACACCGGCCUGCUGGGCAUUUACUUUGUGACAGAUAAGCUCAGCAUUGACGACAUGAUGCACUGGUCCCAGAAUUCCUGGAUGAAUGUGUGCACCACGGUCACAGAGAGUGAUGUCGCCAGAGGCAAGAAUGCGCUGAAGGCCAGUUUGGUGGGACAGCUCAAUGGAACAACACCGAUCUGUGACGACAUCGGCAGGCACAUUCUGAACUAUGGCCGGCGCAUCCCCCUGGCCGAGUGGGACGCUCGCAUCGACGCCGUGACCCCCAGGAUGGUGCGUGACAUCUGCUCCAAAUACAUCUACGAUAAGUGUCCGGCUGUGGCAGCUGUCGGCCCCAUUGAGCAGCUGCCCGACUACAAUAGAAUGCGCAGUGCAAUGUACUGGCUGAGGUUUUAAAUUGCAUCGUGGUGUCGAUCCGUGUCCUGCUCCUCAUCCUCACCGAGUGUCCACACAGACAGCCAUCGAUCAGUCCAGCCCCCCGCCAACCUCCCUCUUAUCAUGCCCGCUGUUUUAGUCAUUGAAGGUGGCAGUUCACAGGUAACCUUGUUUAAUCCGCACAUGACCUCAACAGCUGGCACAGAUGUGAGUAGAGGAAGGGGGGCUGGACCUCGAUUGAAAUCAGGACUCUGUAGAUCCUAAAUGCAACCUAUUUGGAGCAAGAGUAUAUUUAUCAUGUCUGUAAAAUCGAUUUCUGUCUUCUAUUGUACAUAACAGAAGCUCACAUUCUGACAAAAAUAAAACUGUAAAACAUGG